UUGCUGUUGUCUGCAGUGAUAUCACAGAACAUAACACCGUGGGUAAUAUGAAGCCUUCCGAAAUCACUCGCUUUCGAUCAACAUUCCGGGCAAUCUUUUUGACAGGUACGAUUACAGGAGCUUAAUAAGCAUGGAGACUGAACGGAGGGAUGCCAGCAGAGCCCCUCAACCUACCAGAAUAUUGCUGUUGUCAACAUCACAGUAGUCGCCGAUAGGUCCCUGAGAAGGCCUUCUUUCAAACCCUCGGAGCCAUGGAACAUAAACUACAACAGAGGGACAAAAACAGGCCCAGCUACUUUGGCAACGUCAAGACCAGGUCAGACCUGCGAUUAAAUGUUUUAUUGGCUAAAAAUGAAGAAAAGCACUGCUUAGACUUGUUGUGAGAGAUGCGUUGUUUAGUUAUUCCCAGAAUGUGUCAGCCUAUACAGUGCUUCUCUCCUGACAUGUUCUGUUUCUCUCCUGAGAUGUUGAGGUGAAAGGAGCACUGCAGCAGAAGACAGGAGAUGUACAGUGCAUUCGGAAAGUAUUUAGACCCCUUCCCUUAUUCCACAUUUUGUUACGUUACAGCCUUAUUCUAAAAUGGAGUAAAUAAAUGUUUUCUCUCAUCAAUCUAUACACAAUACCCCAUAAUGACAAAGCAAAGACAGGUUAAUAGAAAGUUUUGCAAAUGUAUCAGAGCCUUUGCUAUGAGACUUGAAAUUGAGCUCAGGUGCAUCAUGUUUCCAUGUUUCCAGAAGAAUGAGAGAAACUCCCAAAUACAAGUGUGCCAAGCUUGUAGUGUCAUACCCAAGAAGACUCGAGGCUGUAAUCGCUACCAAAGGUGCUUCAACAAAGUUCUGAGUAAAGGGUUUGAAUAGUUAUGUAAAUGUGGUAUUUUCAUUAUUAUAAUUUUUUUUCCAUUUCCAAAAAUGUAUAAAAAACAGUUUUUGCUUUGUCAUUAUGGGGUUUUGUGUGUAGAUUGAUGAGGGGGAAAAAACAAUUGAAUAUAUUUUAGAAUAAGGCUGUAACGUAACAACAUGUGGAAAAAGUAUUACGUGUUAGAGCACUCCAUCACCAUUUUUCAUAUAGUCACCCUUGUGAAUGUACCUCUCCUUUGAAAAAGACAAGCACAAACAGUCAAGGGCAUUACAUGGGAGAGAGGAGUGGAGGUGCUUGCCAGGAACAGCAACAGCCUAUUCUGAACUCCCACAAUCCUACCAAUAUACACUGAACCAAAAUAUAAACGCAGCAUGCAAGAAUUUCAAAGAUUUGACUGAGUUACAGUUCAUACAAGGAAAUCAGUCAAUUGAAAUACAUUCAUUAGGCGCUAAUCUAUGGAUUUCAGAGAUACCUUUAAAAAAUAAGGUAUGGCCGUCGAUCCAUAGCAUUCCAAACAUGCUCAAUAGGUGACAUGUCUGGUGAGUAUGCAGGCCGUGGAAGAACUGGUACAUAUUCAGCUUCCAGGAAUUGUGUACAGAUCCUUGCGACAUGUCUGUCUCCCCUCCAGACUGGGGUCCAAGCUCCCUCCUGGUGUUGCUCAGCCCCCCGGCUUCAUCGCCGGCCCCUGGGAGACAGGGCCUCAGACCGGCCCAACCAAGGAGGCCAGGGACAGCGGUCAGUCCCACCGUGCCGUGGGGCGUCCCUUUGACCACAUCCGCCACAUCCGGAACCCCCAACUGCGCCAGUAUUACCUCCAAGAAGCUACAUGGGUACCAGAGCGCGCCACAGAUAAAUCCAGGGAAGAGGGUCAACCAUCUGAUGACAAAGCAGACUGUAUGGCCCACCAUGAAGACACUGUGUUCAGUGUCACCUCCCAGUACAGUAGCCUGGGAGAUCAGACCAAGCUGAACAGGCAUCUCUCCACCUCCUCCUCCCUCAUCUCCCGGGAGCACCUCCGCGUUCCCAAGAGUAAAGGCUCUGGCCAAGGCUCACCUCCCGUGGCGACGCACCCUGACCCCGACCUCAGGCUGGAGCCAGAGUUGGACACUGACCCAGGGCUUUCUCCGGCCCCAUCGCCCAGCCCUCACUCCCCGUCACCGGACACAGAGUAUGACAAGUUACUGGAUGUGGAGGCAGUGCCAAUGCCUGAUGGACAGAUCUGCCUACUGGCCCUCCCACCUGAGUGUUCCCUGGGGGAGGGGCCAGCGGCCAUGCCGUACCUCAAGCUCUUCUGCCGCUACAUCACUGACCGCAAGGGUGUGGUUUCUGGUAUCUUGCUGGUGACGUCCAAUAAGAUGUUCUUUGACCCGUGUAAGACCCACCCGUUGGUGAUAGAGCACGGCUGUGAGGAGUACCUGCUGUCCUGCUCAGUGGACAGCCUGGCCUCGGUCUCCUUCUACUCUGACAUCUCCCACGUGCACUUCAACUCCUCCACACACAGGUGGAAUGGAACUAAAAACAUACAGAAAACUGGCUCCAAAACUGUCAAGAUGCUCGAGCAGGGUGGGAGGCGAAGCAGCAGUAGCCCUCCACACCACAAGGGGGAGACUGUCCCAGCACUGGUGUCUGCUGCUACAUCAGAGCUGAGGUCUGCCCUGGCUCUGAGCCUGGUCCAGGGGUUCUCUGAGGAGGAGAGGAGCAGUGACAUGGCUGAGUGGCAGCUGGAGGGGAAGGGUAGUCCGCUGGAAGAGCUGGCUGUGCAAUCAUCCAGGACUGUGGGAGGAGCUGUGUUGAGCAGUGCUGCCACCUUCUAUUGUGGUGGACAAGAGGCAGCAGGGACAGGGAAUAAAGUGAGGAUGGAGCUGGUGGACAGAGAGGGUACAAAGAAGCAGCAGUCUGUGAGGAAUCAGACACCAGGCCCCUCUAGACUGUCUUCAGGGCCUUCUGGAGGUCUGGUGUUUGUCAGGCUGCGACUCCAGCAAUCCACUGGGAAGAAGAAAGGUGUGGCUGCAGGCUUGCUGCUGGGGACAAACAAAACCUUACCCCGGAGGGACUCCUGGUUCGCCUUCUCCCAGGAGAGCUCAGAUGAGCUGUAUGCCUACAUGAACCACUGGAGGCCUGGCCUGUGCAUGUUGGAGGGAGGGUCAGAGGAGGGCGAUGAGGAGGAGUUUGUACUGGUUGACGACAGAGAAGAGGAGGAGAAGGAAGAAGAACAGGAGGUGUCCAAGAACCAUGGGCAGACUGGGGAGGACUGGGAGCUGGUGACAGUGGAGGAUGAUAGAGGGAGACUCCCCCUGGACAUGGACAAAGAUCCAGAGGGACUGUGUGAGAUCGUAGCCCAGAGUCGCAUCUUAGACGCAUCGCUUGUCAGAGAGCUCUCAGUGGAACUGCCACCCAGGACAGUGGGCCACACGUGGCAGCUGGCUUACAGCACGUCUCGUCACGGCUCCAGCCUCAAGUCCCUCUACCGGAGGCUGAAAGGCAGCGACUCGCCUAUACUCAUGGUCAUCAAGGACUCACUUAAUCAGGUGUUUGGGAGCUUCCUCUCUCACACUCUGAGGCCAAGCGAGACCUUCUACGGCACAGGAGAGACAUUCCUCUUCAUGCUGCUUCCUCGCUUCAAGUGUUUCAAGUGGACCGGAGAAAACUCCUUCUUCAUAAAGGGAGACCUGGACUCUUUUGCUAUCGGAGGAGGAAGUGGUCACUUUGGCUUGUGGCUGGAUGAGAUGCUGUACCUGGGCAGGAGUAGCCCCUGUUACACCUUCAACAACUGCUGCCUUUCGGAAAGAGACGACUUCCACGUCAUGGAGCUGGAGGUGUGGACAUUCUGGUGAAGACAUGAACUCAACUCACCUCGCCUAGCAACACAUACUGACUCUCUCUGGCUGUCCAAUCACUGCAUUAAACAGUACUCUAGAAAUCACAUAUUCUAGUACAAUAAGUUGUUGGAUGUACCUGACUAUUUUAACUUAAAUGUGUGGUUUUGGGCUGGAAACUCAACUGUAAAUAUUCUGAACCCUACUACUGAAUGUGGACCAAACUGUUAUGUGGAGGGGUAUUGGUGGUUUGGAGAUUGUACCCUCGCUGCAUUGGAAGACUUGUCCUGUUGCAGCCCCCCACUCCUUCCGCAGAUUGGUAUGGUCCUCACUUUCAGGUGACUCGGCCUUGUGGAUACUGUUAUUCUAUGGUGGAGUUCACAUUUCCUUCCAACAAUGGAUCUCCCCAUCUAAAGGCCAUGCCUGCCUGCAUUUCCACCCCAGCACAACUCGCACUCUUAUUCUGGCACCAUAGUUUAAAAUUAAUGAAUUGGAGGAACUGAAAUCACUACUCCUUGUUGCAUAUGAACUGGGGGGGUAGGGGGUCUAAACUUAGUACCUUUAGAAAUGUUUCAUGUUACCCACAUACAAACUGAAAUUUACUCAGAUCUAAUUUCUGAUCAAUGUUCACACAGUACAACACAAAUAGACAUUAUGAAUGUUAUAAUGUCUUUAUCUGAUACUUCUGGGACAUGUCGGUUUCAUCCAGUGUUCAGCGCAAGCUCACUCAAGACUACUUUUUAGUAAAGAUCCAUUUUUAUUUUUUGCAGACAAUUUGCCACUAUCAGUCAAAAAGCCUAUUUCAAGGGGAUGACUCACCUCUGCAAUGGCUGAAUGUGCUGCCUACAUUGCAGCGCUUAACAAGAGGCUGAUGGAGAAACCUUUCCUAAGAUGACCCAUUUCAAAGUUUAUCACAUGUACACGUGAUAGAAUCCACAAUGAUUAACUUCUUCUUGCCUCUAAGUUCAUUUUGUUGUGUAGUCACCCCUUAAGUUCAGAUCUCAUGGUCAAGGUGUUAAGAAAUAACUAGUCAGUCAACAUAAGACUAUUGGCUUUCAUAAAAAAUAUUAACAAAACAAACAAUUAUUACAUUACACAUUGUGCCACCAUACAGCUUUGUUUCCAGGUUUCCAUGACAGCUGUUGGCAACCUCAAGGGGAACAGAGCGGGGGUGUUGCCUGCAGAAGCUUAAGCAAUGACAUCAGGCCCUACCCAGCCAACUUUGGACUUUCAGGCAAGGCCGUCACAAACUGCUGAAACUCUAGAGGGAACAACUUGACCUGCCCUGCCCCCCCCAACAGAAAUAAAACGUGUGGUUCUUUGCAUAUUGAGAGAUAUAACAAAUAAAACAGAACAAUGCAUUA